UAUAUUCAGUGUGUGUGUGUGCAAGUUUCGCAGGUGUGCAAUCAAAGAAUUAUAAUUUUUUUUAUUUCAAUUUUAGAAUUUGUUUAGAAUUAAGUGUUUAUUAAAAUGUUGUCACUAUUAUUACGAAAUAUAAGAUCUUAUGCUACACACGCAACUAAAACUGCUCCCGUGGUACGGCCCAUCAAUAAGAUUUUAAUAGCAAAUCGUGGUGAAAUUGCCUGUCGUGUCAUUAAAACUGCCCGCAAAUUGGGUGUACGCACUGUUGCUGUUUACUCCGAUCCCGAUGAGAAAUCUUUGCACACCCAAUAUGCCGAUGAGGCCUAUCGUGUGGGUGAGGCUGCCACAGCUUCUUCCUACUUAAGGGCUGAUCGUAUUAUAGAAAUUGCCAAGAAAUCUGGCUGUCAAGCUAUUCAUCCCGGUUAUGGUUUCCUUUCCGAAUCGGUGGAAUUCGCCGAGCUGUGUCAAAAGGAGGGAGUAGUGUUUAUGGGUCCACCCAGUUCGGCCAUCCGUGAUAUGGGCAUUAAGAGUACUAGUAAACAUAUUAUGGAUGCCGCUGGUGUGCCCAUUAUCAAUGGCUAUCAUGGUGAAGAUCAAUCGGAUGAUCGUUUACAGGCCGAAGCGAAAAAGAUCGGUUUUCCCUUGAUGAUUAAGGCUGUAAGAGGUGGCGGUGGUAAGGGUAUGCGUGUUGCUGAUACGGCUGAGGAUUUUAUGACCGCUUUAAAUUCGGCUCGUAAUGAAUCGCAAAAGUCGUUUGGUGAUAGUUCUGUGUUGUUGGAACGUUAUGUUAGAUCACCACGUCACGUGGAGGUACAAGUAUUUGCUGAUCAGUACGGUGAUGCGGUUUAUUUGUGGGAAAGAGAUUGUUCAGUGCAGAGACGUCAUCAGAAGAUUAUUGAGGAGGCGCCAGCACCCGGUUUAUCUGAAGAACUAAGACGCGAGCUGGGCGAAGCUGCUGUACGUGCCGCCAAGGCUGUCGGCUAUGUGGGAGCUGGUACCGUUGAAUUCAUUAUGGACAAAGAGGAUCUUAGUUUCCAUUUCAUGGAAAUGAAUACUCGUUUGCAAGUAGAGCAUCCCAUUUCGGAAAUGAUCACUGGCACCGAUUUGGUCGAAUGGCAGAUACGUAUUGCCGCCGGCGAGCCAUUGCCCCUAACACAAGAACAAAUUAUACGCAAGGGUCAUGCUUUUGAGGCACGUAUUUAUGCUGAAAAUCCCCGGGGAGGUUUCUUGCCUGGUGCCGGUCCUCUACGUUAUUUGGCCACACCUCAACCCAGUGAGGGAUUUGUGCGUGUAGAAACUGGUGUUAGGGAGGGAGAUGAGGUGUCGGUGCAUUAUGAUCCCAUGAUUGCUAAAUUGGUAGUAUGGGGUGAGAACAGAACUCAGGCUCUAAACAGUUUAAUAGCUCGUUUAAGUGAAUAUCAUAUUACUGGUUUGGAAACCAAUAUCAAUUUCCUUAUUGACUUGGCCAGCCAUCCUGAAUUCCAAGCUGCUAAUGUGCACACCGGUUUUAUUGAUCAACAUUUCGACACCUUAUUCCCGGCUUUGGAAGUCCAUGAUGAUGAUUUAUGCAAGGCAGCCUUAUCCUUAGUUUUCAAUGAAUUCCAAGCUUCCCAAAUCAACAGCAUUAACAAAAGCGAUCCCUUUACCGCCUCCCCUAAUUUGCGCUUGAACUAUGACCUAGUAAGACAAUAUCAAUUGAAGGCCAACGAUAAACUAUACAAUGUUUCUUUGAAAUACGGCAAUGACUCGAAUAUACAAAUCAAAAUCGAUAAUGGUAACUGGUGCGAGGUUAAAGCCGAUCGCAUUAUGGAUGGUGAACGUUUGAAAAUUAGAUCCAACAUUGCCAACAAUAUUUCCACCUACAAUGCCCACAUUGAUGAAUCGGAAAUUACGAUUUUCCUAGAAAAUGGCAAACAGACUUUUGAAUUGGUACAACCAAAAUUCCUGAAUGCUGCUGCCGAUCAAAUGGGCAGUGCUGGCUCAAAGGUAAUUGCUCCCAUGCCUGGUGUUUUGGAAAAGGUUUUAGUUAAACCUGGCGAUCAGGUUAAGAAGGGCGACAGUUUGGCUGUUUUAAUUGCCAUGAAAAUGGAACAUAUUUUGAAGGCUCCCAAGGAUGCUGUGAUCAAAUCAAUUGGCGGUACCGUGGGCUCAAAUGUGGCCAAGGGUUCUGCAGUUAUUACUUUUGAAGAGGAGGAGGAAGCUGAAAAGGCAGACAACUAAGUUGUUGCUGCUGAUGUUUAGAGUGUGAAGAACUACUUAGUACCAGAAGAAAAUGUUGCAUUUAUUUUUUGUUUUCUUUGGAAACAUUAUUUUGUAUAGUUAUAAUGGGAAAUAUUGCAUUUAUUAUAUAUAUAAUUAAGGCUUAAAGCUAAACUGUUAAUACUAAUUUGUUAAAAGAAUAAAAUUUAUCCAUAUCAAGUACAAAUAAUUCA